AUGAAGCGAGUUGAUGCUAGAAGGGCUCUUCGUACAGAGCGGAACGCUGCUGCAAAACUUGAAAGAAGGAAUCUUUUCCCCUCAGAGCCUACGUCUCCAGGGUCGGAAGGGGAGGAUCUGGAUGACCCAGAUGACCCAGAUGACCUAGAUAUAGAGUCUGAGGAUGAUGAUCCGUCUGCAGAUUACGGCAGAAACUGCCGAAAGCCCGACAUGCCACAGGAUCAACUAAUAGCCGCCAUCAAGAAGUUAGUAGAAACCUUAAAAGUUGAUCGAAAAACAAGGGAUCUGAUCGUCGAGCAAACCAAAGCUCAGAAGAAAUGUGACCAGUGGUGGGCAGAACGCCGCUACCGGCUCACUGCUUCGGAUUAUGCGCGCAUUUGCAAGAUGCGACCAUCUACCCUUCCUGGUCGCACCGUCAAGUCAAUCCUAUACAAAGUAGAAUUCAAAAGUGCAGCAACCGAUUGGGGAAAUGACCAUGAGGACGAAGCACUCAAGAAAUUUGAGGACGUGUUUGGAAAGCAAACAAAGAAAUGCGGAGUUUUUAUCGAUCUAGAGCGGCCUUACCUUGCAGCUUCACCUGAUGCCUUGGUUAUAGGUGAAAAGGCUGUUGUAGAGAUAAAAUGCCCAUACUCGGCGCGCGCGAUGACCAUCUUGGAGGCUGCGGAGAAGAAGCGAGAUUUUUGCUUGCAGCGAGAUCCAGCUACCGGGACUGUUGCCCUCAAACGUAACCAUGACUACUUUUACCAGGUUCAGGGGCAAUUGGCAAUUACCGAAGCAACACAUUGCUAUUUUGUCGUCUGGACAUUGGUAGACGUGCAUAUUGAGGUCAUCGAAUUUGAGCAAACAUUCUGGGAAGCAAUGGUUGCCAAACUGGACCCAUUCUUCCAUAACCAUGUGGCACCUGAGAUUGUUGAUCCUCGGCUAUGCCGAUCCAUGCCCAUCAGAUCGAGCCAUGAGGAGGCAGCAAUGCUGCAAAAGAGAACGGAGCGUCAGGAAAGAGCUGCAGCAAAAAAAGCAGCAGAGACAGAAACCCAAGCAAUUCGAACUGCCGAGGAGGAUCUGGGAGUUUAUCCCUUGGAGGACUCCAUCGUGGAGCAGGACUACCAAGCGCUGCCGGUCGAACUAGAUCAGCUGAACACUAAAAGCGUUUUUUUGGUGAAUGGCAACCAAUUAUCGCCAAUCCUGCACGACAACAAAAGGAUUAUGCUGAAGAACACUUGCGCUCUUGAUAGCCUUGUUUCUGUAAUGGCAGUGGCCUUGCAAGAGAACAAGACAUACCGAGAAAUGGCGUCCAUGUACCGUACUGCAAACCAAGUCAUCAACCUGGCGUUCCUUGCACUUGACCGAGACAUCGACAGAUAUGCAGCAAGAGCACAAGUACUCAUAGUCAAUAAGGUGGCAAGAAUGGAGUCGUCUAGUGCAGAUUGCUUCUGCUUCAUUGACGAUGUAGCAGCUCUUUGCGAAACUGCACCAUCUGCUGUCCGGAAAACUACUUGCUUGUCCCAAAAGUGUUACGAAGAAGAGGAAAAUCUGGCAUUCAUUAGACCAGCAAUUCACUCUCUCAAGCACUUGGAAGGUGGCCAAGUUGAAUUGCUGAUUAGUGAUGAGUUGAGAGAAAAGGUCGAACAGAUGUGUCCUGCAUGCAAUGUACAAUUGCAGUUCACCUACUUCAAGACAGACCUACAUUUGCUUUUGACUGUGGAUGAAUUCAAGAGAGGAGCCCACUGCAUCCGAGAAUUGGAGCCAUCUUUCAAGGGCACAUUCAGGAUCAAGAACUUGGAUGUCACCAUUGAAGUGGACAAGAAAAGGUACGUUUUGAGUGGUGUGAUCGAGUAUGUGCCGAUCAGAUCGCAUUUCGUUGCCUAUGCGAGACGGCAAAAUGGUCAGUGGGAACUACACGAUGACACGAAAGCCUUCAUCAAGACUAACCCAUCUCUUGACCAAGAUAUUGAACCACACUUGAUUAUGUAUACCAUCCAGUAA